AUGAGGGAUUUCAAUAAUAUGAUUGAACGACUUGAGUUGAUAGAUAUGCCUAUGCUUGGGAGAAAGUUUACUUGGUGCAAUUCACAAGCAAGGGAGAGAUGGAGCAGAAUUGAUAAAUUCUUACUUACUUAUGAGUGGGUGCAAAAUUUUACCUUCAAAUUAUGGGGUCCUCCUAGAAUGUUGUCUAAUCACUGUCCUAUCAUCUUAAUGGAGGAUAGCCAGGACUGCGGUCCUAAGCCUUUUAGGUUCCUCAAUGCCUGGCUAUUACACCCCACUUUCCUAGCCUUUGUCCAGCAAAGUUGGUCAAAAUCUGUAGUGGAUGGGUGGGCAGGGUUCAAGUGUCUUAUGAAUUUUAAAGCACUGAAACAAGACCUAAAACAGUGGAAUGGAGUGGUGUUUGGUAAGGUAGAAUUGAAGCUUAAGAGGGUUGAAGAGGAAGCCCAUGCCCUUGAUUUGUUAGCUGAGGAAAGACCAUUGCUUGGGGAAGACUUGAUUAGAAGAAAGAAAGUGAGGGGAGAAGCUUGGAAGUUAAGCAAAAUAAAUAGUAGGAACUCCCUGUGUUCAAUUGUUGUGAAUGGCUCUAUGAUUGAAGAGCCUUUGGAACUUAAAGUAGCAGUUAUGGCCCAUUUCAUGAGACAAUUAUCUAAAUCUUGGAAAGCUAGACCCAAAUUAUCUGGCCCAUUCAAGAGUAUUGGUGGAGCUCAAGUGGUGGAUUAG